CUCUUGUGCUCUCUCUCUGCUGUCUCUCUCUUGUCUUCAGCCGCUCUGCCAGUAAAAGACAGGAAGACAAGAGUGAAACAAAAUCCUUUGACAGAUGAGAAAAGAGGAUACCUUGCCCGUUCACUGAUCCCAGCACAGAUUUCAGAAGCAUUUGCGGCCUGACUGAGGAUCCCUCCCAUUUGUGAACCGGUGGGUGUGUGACAUCACCCCCUUGCCCCCCCCUUACUUCAAUGGAUCUGACCAAUCAGCGCCCAGGGAGAUCAGGUCACGUGAAAAUCCCCCUAGUCUUGGUUACCAUGACAAUGAGCACUGGUCCAGGCAGCAUCUUGCUGCGGUGAGAAAGAGGAGGGGAAGAAGGCGGGAGGACAGGCAGAAAGAGAAGAGGAAAGGGAGGGAGGAAAAUAGAAAGAGAAGAAAUCCAAGCCAGAGGAAUACCUUUUGGAGCUUCUGCCUGUCUGCCCUCAGUACAAAUGAAGAUGAAUGAGGCCUGAAUUAAAGCCCUCCACCAGAGAGAGUGUGUUCCAGGGCUGGGGCUGGACCCAGAGACCCCGUCCUUGGGGGUGAAGGGCCCUCACAGCCCUGUGUGAGUCUGGACCAUGGGGGAUGGAGGCGCUGUUGCAACUGGAGGAGAUGGGGUGAACAGGUCCCAUGUCCUGUUUGACAACUUCGUCCAGGCGACCACGUGUAAGGGCACGCUCAAGGCCUUCCAGGAGUUGUGUGACCACCUGGAAGUCAAGCCCACCGAGUACAGGGUCUUCUAUCACAAGCUCAAGUCCAAACUCAACUACUGGAAGGCCAAGGCGCUCUGGGUCAAGUUAGACAAGAGGGCCGGCCAUAAGGAGUACAAAAAGGGUCGUGCCUGUUCCAGCUCAAAGUGUCUGAUCAUUGGUGCGGGGCCAUGUGGUUUACGUACAGCCAUCGAGCUGGCUUUCCUUGGGGCCAAAGUGGUGCUGCUGGAGAAGAGAGAUGCCUUCUCCAGGAACAAUGUGCUGCACCUCUGGCCCUUCACCAUCCAGGACCUCAGGGGCCUUGGGGCCAAGAAGUUCUAUGGGAAGUUCUGCGCUGGUGCUAUUGAUCAUAUCAGUAUUCGCCAGCUACAGCUAAUGCUGCUCAAAGUGGCUCUCCUGCUGGGCAUAGAGAUCCAUGUCAAUGUAGAGUUCAAGGGCCUUAUUGAACCCCCUGAAGAUCAAGAGACUGAAAGGAUAGGCUGGAGGGCUGAGGUCCACCCCAGGACACACCCUGUCAGCGAGCUUGAGUUUGAUGUCAUCAUUGGCGCAGACGGGCGGAGAAACACAUUGCCAGGGUUUCGGCGGAAGGAGUUCCGGGGCAAGCUUGCCAUCGCCAUCACGGCUAACUUCAUCAACAGGAACACGACAGCAGAGGCAAAGGUUGAGGAGAUCAGCGGUGUGGCCUUCAUCUUCAACCAGAAGUUUUUUCAAGACCUCAGAGAAGCAACAGGUAUUGACCUGGAAAACAUUGUCUACUACAAGGAUGACACGCACUACUUUGUGAUGACUGCCAAAAAACAGAGCCUGCUGGAGAAAGGAGUCAUUCUGCAUGACUAUGCAGACACAGAGCUGCUGCUGUCCAGAGCUAAUGUAGACCAGGCUGCCCUGCUGUCUUACGCCCGUGAGGCUGCAGAUUUCUCCACCAGCCACCAGCUGCCCACACUUGACUUUGCCAUCAACCACUAUGGUCAGCCCGAUGUAGCCAUGUUCGACUUCACCUGCAUGUAUGCGUCUGAGAACGCUGCCAUGGUGCGCCAACGCAGUGGCCACAAGCUGCUGGUGGCGCUUGUGGGAGACAGCCUGUUGGAGCCCUUCUGGCCCAUGGGCACUGGCAUCGCACGAGGUUUCCUGGCAGCCAUGGACUCGGGCUGGAUGGUGAAGAGCUGGGCUCAGGGAAAAACCCCUCUUGAGGUGCUGGCUGAGAGGGAGAGUAUAUACCGCCUACUGCCCCAGACCACGCCAGAAAACGUCAGUAAGAACUUCAGUCAUUACAGUGUGGAUCCUACCACACGUUACCCAAACAUUAGCCUUAACUUCCUCAAGCCCAGCCAGGUGCGUCACCUCUUUGACACAGGGGAGUCGAGGGAGAUGCGCAUUGAAAUAGAGAAUGUUAUCAACACGUCAACACCCAAGUUGGCCAGGAAUGAAAAUUGCCUGCUUGACAAGCAGUUGCAAGAAUCCAUAGCUCGAUCCAGUAAACUGCUCAACUGGUGCCAGAGACAGACAGAAGGAUACAGGAAUGUUAAUGUGACAGACCUUACUAUGUCUUGGAAGAGCGGUUUGGCCCUGUGUGCCCUCAUUCACCGAUACAGACCGGAUCUCAUUGACUUUGACUCGCUGGAUGAGCGAGACCAGGAGAAGAACAACCAGUUGGGUUUUGACGUGGCAGAGAAGGAAUUUGGCAUCUCGCCCUGCAUGACUGGCAAGGAGAUGUCCUCUGUGGUGGAACCAGACAAACUCUCUAUGGUCAUGUACCUCAGCCAGUUCUAUGAGAUGUUCAAGGACACAGUGCCACCUGGAGACAACCACAACUUGAGCCCUGAGGAUAAGGCCGCGCUGAUAGCCAGCACCAAGUCGCCCAUUUCGUUCCUUAGCAAACUUGGUCAGAGCAUAGCAAUAUCCAGGAAACGAAAUCCGAAGGACAAAAAAGAGAAGGAUGUAGAUGGUUUGGGGAAGAGAAGGAAGACCAGUCAGUCUGAAGAUGAGGAGGUAUCAAGGACUGCUCGUGACGACAGGCCGUCUGUCCCAGCUAUCCUAUCUGAGAGAAAAAUGGACUCUGCUGCUGUAGGGAACCACAACAAAGUCAAGGUCAUGGCCACCCAGCUACUCGCCAAGUUUGAGGAGAACGCCCCUGCCCAGCCUACAGGACUUAAAAGACAGGGGGACUCUCUGCCCAAUCUGGACCGCCUUUUGCCCCAUUCCCCGCCCCAAACCCCUCUGAAUGAGCCAGUGUGCCUGGCACCUGUCCCAGCAUGGAGAAAGAGACGCACACAGCAGCAGAUGCAGCUGAGCAAUCGCUACAAAGAAAUGAUCAAGUGUCAGACGCUACCCAGCAGGGGGGAGCAGGCCAGAAGUGGUGCAGACCAACUGUCAAGCUCGGGCUCUCGGAGCUGCCCAAAGAAAACCAUUCUGCUCCCUUCCUCCUCCUCCACUUCCUCGCUCUCUCUUCACUCAGAGCAUUUAUGUAAAAGUCCGGAGGAAGAGGAACUUGAAUACUACGAAAGGCCUCUGAAAUACGGGGAAUGGAAGCCACUGCACCUGACAGACCCAGGACCCAUUCACAUACCUGGUAUACAGGAGAGGGCUGACCGCCUAAUCUCAAAGUUUAAGGGCAAGCCUGAUAAGCCUCCAAAGCCUAAGAAAAAGCCGUCCCGUUUCUUUUUAGAGCAGUGGCACUUUUCCCGAGGCCUAACUGAGAGUCCUGGUUCAACACUAUCCUCUCCUGACUCUUCCAAAAAGGAGUCAGCAAGGCCUCUGCAUUCUGAUGACCAAAUGCCCUUAUUUGUGCUUAGUAUUCAGGAGAGGGCUGAGCAACUUGCCUCUCAAUUUGAGUGCAAGCCAGUCGGGCCACAGCCUAAGAAAAAACCCUCACGUUUUUUUAUGGAACAAUGGCACCUGGCCCGAGCCCAGAGUCCCCCCGAUUCUCCGCCCCCCUCCUCUGACACCUUGAGACAGCGCUAUGUAAGGGUGUACACAGGGGGAGUUAGCUCAUUGGCUGAGCAAAUAGCCAAUCAGCUUCAGUCUCAGGAAGACCCCAAGCCCCUACCUGAAAAGAGGGAUUUGGGCUCUCUCAGAAAAGAGUUCCCUGUCAACCUUGGAGGCAGCGACGUUUGCUUCUUCUGUCGAAAGCGUGUGUACGUGAUGGAGAGGCUGAGUGCAGAGGGGAAGUUCUUCCAUCGCAGCUGCUUCAAGUGUGACUACUGUGGCACCACACUACGAUUGUCCUCCUAUGCCUUUGACGUGGAAGAUGGGAAAUUUUACUGCAAGCCCCACUACUGUUACCGUCUGUCUGGCUAUGCUCAGAGAAAGAGGCCUGCUCCUUCCCGUGCUCCAAUCACAGCUAAGGAGAACCAGGUGCCCCAAACUCCUACGGCGACCGUAGACGCCCCCGGAAGGGCGAUGGCAGUGGCAGCCCCGUUGGCCGAGCUCCAGCCCUCAGUACCGGAGGUCAAUGGAUUACAGGAGCCGAGCCUAGCUAAGCGACUGCGGGGAACUCCAGAGCGCAUUGAGCUGGAGAACUACCGUUUGUCCCUGCAGAAGGAGGAGGAGCUGGAGGAGGUGCCCGAGGAGACGCUGGCGGAACACAACCUCAGCAGUGUGCUGGACAAGGCCACAGAUGCUGACUUGGGCUCCAGUAGCUCAGAGUCAGACAUGGAGGAGGAGGAUGAGCAGGAGGAUCAGGAUCAGGAUCAGGAUCAGGAUCAGGAUCAGGAGGAGGUGGAGGUGGAGGUGGAGCAGCAAGCUCCCAGUCCAUCGGACCUCGGCGGUGUUCCCUGGAAGGAGGCGGUAGAGCUCCAUGCCAAACUGCGGGGCGACCGCAGCGAUGAGGGAGAGGGCGAGGCUCUGGGCGACGCAGUCAGCAGAGGUGGUGAAAUAGAUGAAGAGGAAGAGGAGGAGGAUGAAGUUGAGGAUGAAGAUGAGGAGUCAAGCGAUGAGGGGGAUUACUGCCCCUGGGAUAGAGAGCUCCAGUCAGGCCUUUGGCUGGAGAAGUACCUCACAGACGAAACGGAUGUUGGUACAUUUAAAGCCAGGAACCUAAAGAUCCAACAAGUCCUGCAGCCUGUGGAUCCCCAGGCCAUUCCAGGUUUGGUGAGAACACAACUGGACUCUGAGGGAGACAAGGAGGCCCAGCUGGGUUCGGCCUCCCAACUCUCCCAACCCUCCUCCACAGCACCUGCCCACACAUCCGCCCGACACGAGGCAGUGAGAGUCUGGUUGGAGUCCAUGUCUGGAGAGCCCUGUGAGGAUGAGGACCUGGAAGCAGAAGCAGACAGCCCAGAUAUGGAGCCUGGUACAGAGAUGGAUCAGGAUGACAUCCCUUCAGAUGCCGAAGCUGAGGCUCGUUUGCACCAAUCAGAGCACGCCGAAGCACUUCCUGAAGAAGAUAAGAAAUCAGAAAGUGUUGGAAUGGCUUCCAGCAUUGAACCAUCCAGCAUCAGCCCAGUGCAGAAAGAUGAUGUUGUCCUUCCCCCUCUCAAACCAUCACCAGAGCCUGAGACACAAAUACCUAUUAGGAAGUCUCCUGGCGACCGCUUUUUCCAAGAUCCGUUCAUACCUGAGGAAACAAAGCAUGAGAAGACAACUCCUUCCCCAGCUGCCAAGAGCCCGCUGUGCCCUUCUCCUGCUCCUGUCCAGGAUCCUUUUUCAGUCUCUUGUCCUUCUCCUGCUUAUGCUGCUUCUCCUGUCAGUGUCUCUGCGUCAUCGCCUCCCAGUUCACCCACCAAAUCACCUGUCGCCUCUCCACUCAAGCCAGCAAUCAAGUCGCCCGUCACAUCCCCUGUCAAGUCUCCAGGUAGCUCACCAAUCCGCUUCCAGCCCACCCCCCUACCAGAGACUUGCAAACCUAAAUCUCCAGUCUGCCCCCCCCGCUCCAUUUGCCCUCUCACGGGUAACCCCCUCUCCCCAAUCUGUGCGCAGCCUUUGCCUUGUCAUGAACCAUCGUCGCCCCUCACCUCUGAUUCUCCUGUCAGAACUCAACCUGUGCCCGGACUCAGUUCAACACCCAUGACCAAAACUGAUAAGGGCACACCAGAGGACUCAAAGUCUACAGAUUCCUCAACAGAGGAAACUCCAUCUAAAAAGACCGAUAUCAUUGAGGAGUUUUGGUUAAAGAGUGCUGAAAUAAGAAAAAGCCUUGGAUUGUCUCCUUUGGAUCGCAGUAGCAAAAUCUUAGAGAAGAGUGUUGUUAAUGCUCCAACACAGGACCAAACCCCUGUCAAGACACAGCUUCCAGAUGUGUCUGAGGAACAGAAGCCUGCCUUUACUGGCCGCGCUGUCAUUCGCAGACUCAACAUCACUCUUGAGGGUCAGGUCAUUACUCCCAUUGCUCCUGCGGAGCCCAAGAGUAACGGCUCUGAAAAGAGGGACCUCAGCAGCAGCUCUGGCUUGGGGUUGAAUGGGAGCAUGGCCACGAGCCAGACGGCAAACAGUGACAGCUACAACAUGUCUGACUCCACUAUGCUCACCCCACCCUCCAGUCCACCACCACCAGUGCCUGCUAAUCAGUCCCCAGCCGUGCUCAGGCAGCAGAGACACCAGGUGUCCUGGAGCAACGGGACUGAAAAACUCCCACCGGAGCAUGCCAAAGAGCCAGCAAAAACCAAGUCUCCUCUUCCUGCUCCGAGGGCCAAGCUGAGCCCCGUGUCUGCCCCCAAUCCUGCGCCCAGGAAAGCCUCAUCAUCACAGGCAGAUCCAGAAGCAGCUCCAGUAGUUGUUAUGAGAGAGAAGAAGAAGCCUCGACCGGAGGAGGUGAGGAAGUCAUUUGUGGAGACGGUGGAGGAGAUUCCGUUUGCAGAUGACGUGGAUGAGACGUAUGAUGAGCGGACGCCAGAAACGAGCAUGAACAGGUAUUAUACUCCACCCACCAGCAAACCCAGCAGGGAAAAACCUCCCCUGCAUCUGGCUCUGGCAAUGGAAAAUGGUAAACCUAAUAUCUCCGGCAACCCAGCCUCUAAGACCCAGAGGGCAAUUCAAUUCUCUCCAGAGGCCAAGGAGAUCGCUGAGGAGAGAAUGAGGGCCAGAGAAAAGUCUGUCAAGAGCCAGGCACUGAAAGACGCCAUGGCCAAGCAGCUAAACAAAAUGAAAGAAUGUGACAUUGACAAGGGUGCCUCACCUAAAGUGGCCUGGAGUGUAACCCCAGAUGUCGCUGUAAAAAGUAAAAAGUCAGCAGGAUCGCCGAAGGCAUCAGCCAUUAAAGCCCUGGAGUCGAAAAAGGCAGAGAUUCUACCGGAGCGUUUCUUCAGCAGCAACAAGAGUCUGGACAGUUCAGCAGCUUCGUCCGACGGCUCCUCUACGAGUAAGAGUAAGAAACGAAGUUCCCUCUUCUCGCCGCGCAAAAAUAAGAAGGAGAAAAAAGCCAAGAAUGAUAGCAGCAGGCUCUCCGGUGCAGACGAGACACCGCCCAAACACAAGUCACUAUGGAAGGCUGUGUUCUCAGGGUACAAGAAGGACAAAAAGAAGAAGGAUGACAAAUCGUGUCCGAGCACGCCAUCCUCAAGCUCCACCACUCAGGACUCUGGGAAGAAGAGAACAUCACCUCUUGGGAGAUCAUCAGACUUGAAAUCACGCAGAAACUUGAGCUUCUCUGAGGAAUCAGAUCUGUCCUGUGAUGACGUUCUGGAGAGAUCCUCCCAGAAGUCAAAGGCAGAUUCUGUUUAUGUUCCUCACGCACUGGCGUUCAAGAGAUCAUACGCCACAAAGAAAACCUACACAGAGGAAGAGCUGAACGCCAAGCUGACACGAAGAGUCCAGAAAGCUGCGCGACGACAAGCCAAGCAGGAGGAACUCAAGAGGCUGCAUAGAGCUCAGAUUAUCCAGAGGCAGUUGGAGCAGGUGGAGGAGAAGCAGAGGCAGCUGGAAGAGAGGGGCGUGGCUGUGGAGAAAGCUUUGAGAGGAGAAGCAGACUAUUGGGGAGAUUCUAAUUACAGUGAAAUCCUGGACUUGCAUCUGGGCGUUGAGCCCUUUGUGGGGAUGCCGCGACGAAGACCUCUCUCCUUCUGCCCCUGCUGUUCCCCUGAAGGCAUGGGCAAGAAGGACGAUCCCAAGCUAAUGCAAGAGUGGUUCAAGCUGGUUCAGGAGAAAAAUGCCCUGGUCCGCUAUGAGUCAGAACUCAUGAUAUUUGCCAGAGAGCUGGAGCUGGAGGACCGACAGAGCCGACUACAGCAGGAACUCAGGGAACGAAUGGCUGUGGAAGACCACCUGAAGACGGAGAAGGAGCUUGCUCAGGAAAAGCAGAUCCUGAAUGAGAUGUUGGAGGUGGUGGAGCAGCGCGACGCCCUGGUGGCCCUCUUGGAGGAGCAGAGGCUUCGGGAGAAGGAGGAAGACAAGGACCUGGAGGCUGUCAUGCUCUCCAAGGGCUUCAACCUCAACUGGGCCUAAGAGGACUGACAUAAUUGCUCAUCAGGUUUAGCGAAAAGUGUGUGACUUGCGAUUGGCAUUCUCAGCCUCGCGUGGUCGUCUUUGAUCAGAGCAGUCUGCUGAACACAGCCACAGGAAGUUGGUCUAAAACUGUCACACCUGCAGCAGUGAAUGUGUUAAGAUUUCCGCACCACACACACAAACACAAACAAACAAACACUACAGCUGCCCACAUUGAAGCAGUCUGAAACGUUUACGUAUCCUCUGCCUACAGGCAGUCCUGGUUAAUCACUCUGCCGUUUUGCUCGCGCUCUCUCUCUGUGGGUGGAGAGUCGGGAACAUUCACAACUUUAUCAUCACAGCCUUGAAGUGGAUCCUCUCAAGCAGGGGGGGGGCUUUGGGAGAAUGUUUAAAGACUUGUUUCAUUCUUGAUUAUCUAAAGGGAAGAAUGCAGUUUGGUCCUGCUGAUGUAAAGGAAUUGUAAAGAAUUUUGUUUUUGUGUAUAGCUGUGUAGAGCAAUUUACAUUUUCAGUGGAUAAAGGUGUUCUCUUUUCUGAAAAGGACUGCUACAGAGGUGUGCUUAAAUGCUGGAGUGAUGUCUCCAGGCUCAGUUUUUUUCUGUCUGACUGUAGGAAGGAUAUCCUCUGCUGAAGCUGCCUUUCAAUCCAGUGACAAACUGACUUUUUCAUCCUAAUGAACCACAAAGACACCAUGAAAGGCUUGUUUUUCUUUUUUUUUCUCCUUCUCCCCCCCACAGUGUUUAGUGAGUCAACACAAAGAACCGUUAAAAAUGGCCAUGUUUUUUUAAAUGUAUUUAUUAUUUUUGUUUGUUUUUAACAAAUAAACUUUUUUUUUUUUUUUUUUUUCCAUGCAUUCACAAGAGAGUGCCCAGAAUCUCAUUAUCUUGCACUUGUGCAUAACUCCCAUGCACCCUUAAGCCAUUGCAUAUCCGGAAUGAAGGCUGCAGGCACAUAGGAGAUCUUUACAUUGUCUUUGAUAGCUAGACAUAGAAUACAGUCUUAUACUAUAUGUGAACAUUUGAGCACUUCACAUGACUUGAUAAUGAUGGGCCUCUCUGCGAGAUGCCAUUCACUGUAUAUCCCACCGACUGUUACUGUUUACAAAUACUUGUCCAUAUUCAAUAUUGGAUUUUUAUGUUUCCUACUUUCGUAAACAGUAGCAAGUUCAACCAACUGUUGAGAGAAUUUGUCUAGGAAAGAACUGUCUUUUCAGGGUCAAAUAAGUUUCUACCAUAUGUGUUAACAUUGUGAUGUUAUUAUCAUUAAUGAAUCUGAUUUCACUGUUAACGGGAGAUCAUUGUAGCUCACAUCAGUCAUUUUGUGCCACAGGACUGUCUCUACUCGUGCUUAUGCAAUAUCUAAGGGGUACACCACAAGAACUUACACACUACACAACACUUAGAUCAGUAUAUGGCAGUGUUAAUCCUUUACCCUUGCACAAGAUGCCUUUUUCAUUUUCAUUCUCUGUAUUUAAUUUUUUUUUUUUUUUUGCUGAGUUUACUUGUUUUUGAGGUAGUCCCAUCUGUGUGACCCACUGGAACUCAAGAUUUUUACUUUUUUUUCCAAAUACUUUUAUACAGCAGGUCCCCAAGCAAAUAAAUAGAGGAUUUUAAAUGGGGUGCUGAAGAAAUGCAAAGUGCUUUAUGAGCAAUUUGCAUCAGACUGGAACAUUAUCAUUUAUCUGGUGGGCAGUCAAAUCUAAUUGCCUUUUAGACAACUGUUUAACAAAAAAAAAAAAAGUAUAUACAGGUAGUCACUGUUUUA